UCACAUUCAGGGAAUCACAGGAGGACGUGACGCCGCGGCUCCAUCUGCUGCUCUCUCCCCCCUCCCGGUCCGCUCACUGCUUCCUGGCUCUCAGUCUGUCUCUCCUCGGGCUCUUUCUCCAGCUCAUGAAGGAGGAAGAGAAAAACAAGCACGAAGAGAAUCCACAACAAGUGCAGCCGCCCCCCCCUUCUCAUGUGCGGAAAGGUUUCUCCAGGCAGCGGCUCUGCGACGGUGUGUGUUUGUGUGUGAGUGUGUGUGUGAGGGGUUUUGCAGGAGGCAGCAACUGCAGCUUUUCCACUCAACUUCCGCUAAUGACCUGAAUUAACCGAGAGCUUUUGCACCGAACGUGUUUUUGAACUUGUCACCAGCUACUUCGAACUGUGUCUGAACGGCCGGUUCGAAGGUGUUACUACUUCACACUUUGCAACAUGGCUGCUGCCGCCGCCGCCGCCGCUGCGGGAACAACCGUGCGAAGAAAAGUUUAACACCGACGUUGGGAGAAGUUGGACGCGAGCUGCUGCAUGAGUUGUCGCCCGGAGAAGGAAGCGGUCUCUCCCGGAGCCUGACACCGCCGUCCCGUCCCCCCCGGAGGAGCCGAGUGAGAGCCGCCUCCUCCCGUGUCGUCCCCCCGCCGACAGACAGACAGUCACUGCAGUGGACUUUGUGGUGAAACUGGUUCCUCUUCUUCUUCUCCUUCUCCUUCUUCUUCUCCAUCGUUGAGCUGCUGGGACUCUCCCCAGGAGCUAAAAGACAACAUGCAUUUUUCCAUACCUGAAACAGAGGUUCGUUCGGGAGAAAAUGGAUCGACAUAUGUGGCCUACAACAUCCAUGUCAACGGGGUCCUGCACUGUCGGGUACGCUACAGCCAACUUCUUGGCCUCCACGAACAGAUAAAGAAAGAAUAUGGCAGCAACGUGGUGCCUGCCUUCCCCCCAAAGAAAAUCUUCACACUGACUCCUGCUGAGGUCGAACAGAGACGGGAACAGCUGGAGAAAUACAUGCAGGCUGUGCGUCAGGAUCCGUUGCUUGGAGCCAGUGAGAUGUUUAACAGCUUCUUAAGGAAAGCACAGCAGGAGACGCAGCAGAUUCCCACAGAAGAUGUUGCUCUGGACAUCUGCCUCUCCAACGGUCAGAAGGUCACUGUCAACAUUCUGACCUCAGAUCAGACGGAGGAUGUCCUGGAUGCUGUUGCGACAAAGCUCGACCUUCCGGACGACCUUAUUGGUUAUUUCAGUCUCUUCCUCAUUCGUGAGGGUGUGGAUGGAGGUUUAACAUUUGUGCGGAAGCUGCAGGAGUUUGAGCUGCCUUAUGUAUCCAUCACCAGCUUGCGGAGCUCCGAAUUUCACAUACUCCUACGGAAAAGCUAUUGGGACAUGGCGUACGAUGGUGAUGUGAUGGACAACAGAGUCGGCCUGAAUUUGUUAUACGCCCAGACAGUGUCUGACAUUGAGCGAGGCUGGAUACUCGUCAACAAAGACCAGCACAGGCAGCUCAAAUCACUGCAGGAGAAAGGAUCCAAGAAAGAGUUCAUCCAUCUAGGUCAGACGCUCAAAUAUUAUGGCUACAUCAAGUUUGACCCGUGCGUUACCGACUUCCCCGAGAAGGGCUGCCAAGUCAUCGUCAGCGCCGGCAACAACGAGCUCAACUUCCACGUCAAGCUGCCCAACGAGCAGAUGAAGGAGGGAAGCUUCAAGGUCACGCGCAUGAGGUGUUGGCGAGUCACGUCUUCUCAAGUCCCAAUCGCCAACGGUACAACCAAUCCCUGCAGCUCGGCCAAAUGCGAGGUGAAGCUGGAGCUGGCCUUUGAGUAUCUGAUGAGCAAGGACCGCCUCCAGUGGGUCACCAUCACCAGUCAGCAGGCGAUCAUGAUGAGUAUCUGCCUCCAGUCUAUGGUGGAUGAAUUAAUGGUGAAGAAGUCAGGUGGCAGCAUUAAAAAGAUGCUGAGGAAACGACACAACGGCUCCAUCCACCGAACAGACAGUCAGCAAGCUGUGAAAUCUCCCCCCCUGCUGGAGUCCCCCGACCAGAACCGUGAACAAACCGUCAAACUCUCUACCAAGCUGAGCUCGGUGUCCCUCCGAGGGAUCAGCGCCUCCAACUCGGCAAACGACAUCAGCGGCAACGAUUUCCACGGCAACUACGCUUUUGAGGGAAUCGGGGACGACGACCUGUAACCCCGACCUCCUCAGAUUCUCCCUCUUCCCCUCUUCAUUCCACUGUCAACAACUGGGAUGACAAAGAUUAUGAGCUGAGCUGAGCCGAGCCGAGCGAACCCCACACACACACACACGUGUCCGAUUCUGCAAGAUUGUAGCUUCUUCCUGGAGAAAUCGCUGCCUUAAGCUCUCAUGUAAUCGUCAACAGUGUCCUUUCUUUUUUAUACUUUUAAAAGCUCAUUUUUAAUUUGCAUUCAGGUAAAAAUCAUCCGAAUCAGUUGAAGCGUCGACUGUUUUUUUAUUUAACUCGUGGCAACACACAAUAAAUAGCAUGUAAGGCUACAGGUACUCAAACAGAAAUCGUUUCUGUAUGCUACUGCUUCUGUUUCAGUCACACGGAUCACUGUUUCAUCAACAGUACGUGUGAAGUUCUUCAAUGCAGUUAGAUUCUCGAGGUACCGCGCAAAACUAAUAUAGUCUGAAUUCCAUGAAGAAAACCUGCUACAUCCUGGAUUCUUCCCCCAGCGGCUGCAUGUUCCUGUCUAACCAGAGAGCCAAAUGUUUAGUUAGACCUGGCACUAGUGAUAAAAGAGCAGAGCCCGAUGUGCUGAAAUUGAUCUCAUAACUGCAGAUUACUCAGAGCAACUGCUUGUAUAUGGAUGGAAUGGUUGGCUUGGCUAUAUACCAAAAUGUCAUAUUUUUAUACUGUCAGUGAUCCUCAUGCUCUUCACGUGCCAAGUCUGUAAAUAUCUUAAAGGAGACAUACGAUGCUUUUUCAGUUUCUCUUUCCUCUAGUGUGUUUGUAUAGCUUGGUUGUGUGUGUAAAAAGUUAAAAAGGUCAAAGUCCACAUUCAAGGGAGCUCCUCUGCUCCAGAGCCGACACGGCUCCUGAAGCUCCUGAAGCGUAGGACACAUGUAGGCGUCUGAGGUUUCAUUGGAAGUCACGCAUAUUUGUUUUGAAUGAAGGGAUGUCGAGCGUUGCCGAGCUGCAUUGUAGUUCCGUUGCCAAGCGCUGCGUAUGGCAAAAGUUGAGCAGAGCUGGUUUUCAUGCGGCAAAAGGGGCACCAUCCAGUCCAAUUGUUUUUAAACCAGCACUCAAGAGCUGGUGCUAGCAAAUCGAAUCACGCUGAUGCAAAAGAGUUGGCAGCCGGAUAAUCUGGUUCUGGAUUUAAUGUCCAGCGUACUUCUCUUUAGCAUGUUGUGUGUUUAUGACUAUGUUGUGUGUCCCAAGCAUGAAGCUGUAAUCGGGCCGGCAAAGACAUCAUGUGAGUUUAGUUAAACACUUGGUGUCUGACCAACACUUCCGCCCACAUUCCACUCUUAGCGGCUGGUAACAAAGCCAAGUAAAGAGAGAGCACUGGGUCAGCUGGCCAAUCGGAAUUGACCCGGUGUUAUCAGGAGGGGGGGAGGGGCCUUAAAAACACGGGAGCUAAACCCAAGUUUUUCAGACAGAGGCUGAAAAGAGGAGCUGCUGCAAUGGACAGUUUGAGGAAAGAGUUUUCUGAACAUUUCAAGUAAUAACCCAAAUUUUCAAAUUCUGAAUCUGAGCAGAAUAUGUCUCCUUUAACAAGAUACCGGUGGUAUUUUCAUUUUACGUCGGAGGCACAGUCUCUCAUACUGCCUUCGGAAGUCGUCUGAUGCCUUAACUUUUCCUUUUUUUUUUAUGAUUUUUGCCUCGUGGAUUACCUUGUCAUCCCAAUGCGACGCUGGCUCAAACCUUAAAUAAGCGUCAGCCGGUGUGUCCUAGAAUCUUGCAGAACUUGAUAGAUGGUUGAUUUGGCCGAGCUGCUUGCACUUGCUGAACCCAUCGUUUUUGCACAGUAUUACAGGUGGAGAUGAAUGUUCGAGUGGAAGCUUGAGCGCGACUUAAAACAUUUUGUGGAGUUUUGUUUUCCAAGGGGGCUCAGUAAAUCCAUCUGUGAUUCUUAUUUUUGUUUUGUUUUUAACCAAUUUAAAGGUUUCUCAUUAAUGCCAAAUUAUAGUUUACUAAAGCAUUUUGCACAGAAUAUAAACAAAAAAAUUAUGACAAUGUCACUUUUUAUAUUAUGUACAUGCAAUUAAGUAUUCUGAACAUUUACUAAUAUCUUUAUCAUCUUAGCUUAUUGUAAUCGAAUAGAUCAAAUGUAAUCUAAGCUGUAUAGAACAAAAAGUUUAAGUGGACUAACAUUUAUCGUUGUUUACAUAAUGUUUAGGGGACUUUUUUUUUUUUUUUAGUUCAAAUGGAAAGUGUUUACAAAUUUUGCAUCUGAUUUUCUUUGUCUUGUUCUUGUUGGGCGAGUACCAGUGGAGCAUUGUUAGGGGCUUCAGUUCAUUUGGAAUCUGUACGUACAUUGUGCCAAUCAUCUCAGAGGAUUCACGCUCACGUGAUCACAAUUGCUGGAGUGAGGGAACGUUCAUGGAGGGCGGGCGACCAACACAUCCCGCCGUCAUUCCAUAUUUUUUUUAUAGCAGUUGUUUAAAAAAAAAAAGCUGCGUCUCGGCCUUUGUUGAAGCCUCUAAAUGUAAACCGACGCCCAACCUGUCAGCAGCUUUACCGGUAGCCACAACUGUAAAGAAAAUGUUCUCGAGAAAAAUGUCUUGUUCUCUCAUUGCUGUGCUUCUUCUUCUGUCUUCAGUUGUAUUUUUAUCUAGAGGGACGUGGACACCAGCCGUCUUUUAUUUUCUCACUUCCUGUCGUCACCAAGUACAUGGAAGCCGCAAGGUCCCGGGUGUUUUUAAUGUGUAGGUGCCAAAUUACACGUGGAGUGCAUUAAUGACCAGCGUCACUAUUAAACUCAAUGUCCAACUUUCAUGAAAACUCUAUUGACUUGAUUCAUUCCACUGUUCAUCUUUUUGAUUUGAGUGGUAAGGUCGGGGACAAGUCUGUCCUGUCUGUUUGUCAUGAUGCUAAAAUAAAUUCUGAAAUGAGA